GGCAGCCAGUGUCGUGCCCGACGCGUACCUUACUCCUCGAUACCGGGCCCGGUACUCGGAAAUCACAUGGCCGAGGGACUGACUGCCGAUGUCACUCGCGCCGAGUGAUAGCAGGUGAACGGCGAGGUCGUCGGCGACCCGGGACUCGCGAUUUAAAGAUUUUUUAAAAACCCGCCGAGCAUUCGAAAGGAGGAUUCGAGACGAAAAAGCUCGCGCGUUGCGUCGACCGUUCGCAGUCACGUUGCGCUCCGUGUGUGACGGUCGUGUUUCGGUAGUGCAGCCUCGAACUGGUCGGACCCCCGGACGCAGGCGAAAAAGCCCCGUCAAACGGGGGGAUGAAAUCUUUCGCGGAGACUAGUUCGUUAAAUUUUUUACGCUUCUCGUCUGAUUUUAGUCAUUGAGGAUAAAUCCUAAGUGGAGGACGUACGGAGUGACAGCUUUCAGCCGUACAGUGACGUUUUCAACCGUAUCGUGAUCCGAACUUUGUAUUCUCAAAGUUUCACAGCCACUGAACUACGGACCAAAGAACGACACGCCCAAAAAUAUUGUUAUCUAAAAUUUAGGGCUCGAUUAUUUUUAAUCAAAAAUCCGAGAAUCAAACUACACGUUCAAUAAGCUAGCCAAGAGUUCUGCAACUGCUCGGAUAAGACUACCUUGACUUUAAUUGAUCUCUGUAAUCAGUGGCGACAAGUUAUGGAUUAUGCACAGCGUGGAAAGAGAUUGGUUAAAAUUUUCGAAGCAAUCGGAGCUGUGGCAAAUAUCCAAGGAUUGUGUUAAGGGUGCGGCGUAAAUAGACGGAUAAAAUUUGACACCCGAAGGAGAUAAAAAAAAAAAAGGUGAGAAAAGUUUGCAGAGCGAGAGACCGAGGAGAGGCGAUAAACCGAAAGAAGGUACAAUUCACCAGGCGAUUGGGCAGCUGGGUGACAGUUCGCUGGCGCGGAAGUGAAAACAAAUGAACAUCGCGUGUCUGCGUGGCUACCUUGUGUCUACCUUAUUGUUUGCAAACCUCUCUGGCAAAUCUAUCGGAGUCUAGGUAUUCUAGACUCGAGUAGCUAUCGGUCGAAUUUAUCGCAGUACUAUUAAGGUAACGAAUGGGUACUUCGAAGAAGAAUACCAUCAAGCCGCGUGCUUCGGGACUUUACGACAACUCCUCCAUACAGAUACACGUGUCCGUUUCGCGAAGGCAAUCAAGGUACCCGAACGCCCUUGACAAAGCUGACACCUUGACUGUUUAAAGAAUUUUAACGAACCGAUCUGAUGUGCCACUUCGGUUAUCCCAAUUGCGACAGAGGUGAAGAAUCACAGCAAUUGAACAGUGAUCGUCGACGCUUCGACAAAGCUUAAGCUCGGUUUGUGGAUCAAAGACCGGCAGCUGCAAUCUCGUGAUUCGUUUCCCGGCUGCGAUCUCUCCUCAAGUUCAAACCAUGUCGAGAGGAUCGUUGGUGCCUUGAGGAGGAUCGACGGAGGUGUAACGUCGACGAAGAGAACAUGGCCACACCGCCAGACUCGCCUGGACCGGAAGAGGCGCUCUUCGAAUUCGAAAGCACGCGAGCCAGGCAGCCAACGACGAGGCCUGUCGCCCUGGAGGAGCUUCUUCGUCAGACGAAAUUCACCAGGCAGGAAAUACGCGUCAUGUAUCGCGGAUUCAAGCAGGAGUGUCCCGAAGGAGUGGUCCACGAGGACUCGUUCAAGGACAUAUACGCCAAGUUUUUCCCGCACGGCAACUCGAGCCUCUACGCCCACUACGUCUUCAAGGCCUUCGACGUGAAUUGCAACGGAGCCAUCAGCUUCAGGGACCUCUUGGUCACUCUGUCGACCCUCCUGAGGGGCAGCAUAUACGAGAAGCUGAGGUGGAGCUUCAAGCUGUACGACAUAAACGGCGACGGGUGCAUCACGAGGGGAGAACUUGGCGAGGUUGUAACGGCGGUUCACGAACUUAUGGGAAGACGGCAUCAAGUCGACGAGGAACGAGCUGCCCGCGAACAACUCGACAGAGUAUUUAGAAAGCUCGAUCUGAAUCAGGACGGCGUCAUCACGAUCGAGGAAUUCAUCGAGAGCUGCCUUAAAGACGAAGUGAUCACGCGAUCCUUGGCGAUGUUCGACUGCGAGCUUUGAUCUCCGGCUUCCCCCGUCGCCGCGACGCCCCCGACGCCCCCGACGCCCGUAACGCCGCCAUCGACGACGCCAUCCCAAUCGCCGGCACCAUCGCCGCCACGUUAUUCCCUGCUGCCCCCGAUCCCGCCGCUACCGCCGCCGCCGCCUCCGGGUUACACAGCCCAGGAUCACGAACUUUACCUGCUCCUUGCAGCCCACUGGUGGGACCAACAGGAUACGCCGUUAUUUUGUUAGGAGUUCGACCCGGAUCGCAACGUUCGUAGAUACACGUAUAACCCACCGUCUAGGUGAUAAGAAAUUUGCAAAUAAGUUGACAAAAAAUAAAAAAAAAAUAACGUCAAAGGACACGCAGAACUGAAAACGAGGUGUGCGAAAUUGUGU